UAAAAGCAGCAGUCGGGGUGGGAGCUCUCGGUAGUUUUCUCUUAUUUGCUCACAUCCACGCGGACAGACGGCACGGAGAUGUCGGGCACCUCGCGCGCGCAGCUGUGUUUCCUCCUGCUGAGCGUCACGGCUCUCCGAGGACACGCGCGCUUUCUGGACAUACAGGAUAAUGAGAUGAGUCCGGAAGGAUUAUUGUCGCUGCUGAGUUCUGAACUCAAGAGAGAGUUACCUGAAGAGUUUGUGUACCGCCGAGCGCUCAGAUGUCUGGAUAUGGUGGCUAUAGAAGGGCAGUUUACAUUUACAGCAGAGCGACCACAGUUAAACUGCGCUGUGUUCUUCAUCGGGGAGCCCAACGACAUCAUCAGUAUUGAGUACGAUUCUGUCAACAUCGACUGCAGAGGAGGCGAUUUUAUAAAGGUAUUUGAUGGCUGGGUGAUGAAGGGUGAAAAGUUUCCAAGCUCGCAAGAUCAUCCUCUUCCUCUGUACGAGCGUUACUCGGAUUACUGCGACACUGGAGCGGCUCAGCCAAUGGUACGGUCCUCUCAGAAUGUCGCUAUGCUCUUCUUCAGGCUCCACCAAUCAGGAAGCGGCUUUACAAUAACGUUCCGCAAACUCAUCAAUCCGUUCCCCUGCAAUGUUGUCUCUCAGACCCCAGAAGGCAGUUUUACUAUGGUAAUUCCUCAGCAGCACAGGAAUUGCAGUUUCUCUAUAAUCUAUCCAGCGGAGAUCCAGAUCGGAGAACUCAGUCUCGGCCAGCACAAUGAUCUGAAGAGAUCUAUCCUCGGCUGCGCAAAUUCCGGAGACUUUGUUGAACUUCUGGGUGGAAAUGGUAUGGACACAUCUAAGAUGUUUCCCAUGGCAGAUAUCUGCUACUCAUUUAAUGGACCAGCUCAACUGAAGGUUGGAUGUGACAACACCGUGGUCAGAAUGGUGUCGAGUGGAAAGUUUGUAAAUCGAGUCAGUUUCCAAUAUCGGCUACUGGGACACCAAGAACUUCAGAAAAUGAAGGGCAACAGUGUUGAAGAUGUUUGUUUAAGAGCAUAAGACCGUUCUGUUUCUCUUUCUCUUCCCUUCUUAUGUUAGGGGGUGAGGAGUGCCAAACCAACUUGACUUUGAUAUUUAAGAGCCUUCGGGCCCUUAUUGUAUAUUUUCCAUACAAAGUUAUUUAUUUUUGGCUCAUCUUUUAAUUUCACCCCUCUGUUCUUUUUAAUAUCAUAAACGUGUAAAAUCUGUGACUGACGUUAAAUAAAAUAUACUUGUGUUGGUGCACAUUA